CCUAACCAAGAUGACUGACACUUUAAGCAUGAUGGCUUUAAAAAGGAAGAAAAAACUCCUCAUAUUGCCCAGCAGCUUUCAGAGAGGGAAAAUGUCUUCAGGCAUGGCUACAAAAAAUGACGACUUUAUUACAUUUAUGAGGGAAGUGAAGCGGUACAUUCAGUACGGGAGACCGAGAGACUUUUUGGAAGACCCUAAAGAAUUAAGGAAAAUAAGAGAAAGUGCACAGACUCAUGUUUUAGAUGAUGAAGAAUGCAGAAGAUAUCCUUCAAGGAGCUGGACUGAACAGUAUCGACAGCACACACUGCGAGUGGUUUAGGGAAUAUGUUAGACAGAAAAUUAGAAAGAGUGGAAGAAAGUCAGAGGAUGAAGCCUGCAACAUAGCAUUCUGCCAAAAUAAAGGAUACCAUUGAUGGAUACAGUGUAGCACUUGCCAAAGUUGGCUACAUAUCAUUUGUGCUGAAGUCAAAUGUUCUAAAAAAACACUUCGUAAAACCCAGUUUACAUGCCCAAUGUGCAUUUCUGUACAAGGUUAGCUGAAAAUUGCAUCUGUAUUACUGGUUUAAAGUUUUCUCAACCCAUAACAUAAUGCAAUUUACAUAUAUUUAUAUGAUAGUACUGAAAUCUGAUAAAGUUUUUAAAAUAGUUUUCGAUGCAAACUGAGACUGAAAUAAAAACUUUUUAUUUAUUUUAUUAGAACAUUUGAUUUAGUGCAUGCUACUAAAGUGUAUUGAUUUAAUGAAAAAAAUGAUAAUCAUCCACUUACUGGGAUCCCAGGGACCUACUACAUUGUCACUUAUUUUAAAUGUACAUGACUUAUUACUGUAAGGUGAGAAUAAAUAAAAUAAAAGUCUUGUGACUAAGACAACUUGUUUUAGCAUAUUUAUUCAUUUUAUGUAACUUUUCUCCUAGACCAGCAUUUGUUGGUCUAAAUAAUUGUAUUGAUAACCAAUAUACAUUUUGUAAAAGGCUCUAUAAAGAAGAAGAAUAAAUGCUGAAAGCAAAAGGAUGUUACAGUAACAAAAAAAAAAAUCAUUUGUAAAAGCUUUCUAAAUAGCUAUAUGGAAUGUUUCCAAUAACCAUUAAAUGAAUAAGGUAUCAGUUCUCCGAAAAUAAUGAUAAGGUAAAAGUAAAAACUGAAUGGAAACGUGUAUGUAUACAUCGUAGCAGUUAAAGCUAAUAAUCUGUAUGACUGAAAUUAAUUCAUCAAAAAAAGUACUUCAUAUGAGUAUAUAUGAUAUUGACCUUGUAAAGAACACACUGCAAUAGUUACAUUAUACAAAAUACACAAAUAAGAGAAUAAAAAAAUGUAUAAGAAAUAUUAGAAAAUCAAUCGGAUGUGCUGUCCAAAACACUUUCGUUCUCAUUAAUUCUGUCAACACUUGAUGUUGGUAAAUAUGAGGCAUCUAAACAACCUUCUCCACAACUUAAUUUUCAAUUGUCUCACUGCCUUUUGGCAAACCCUAUAUACCUCAGGACUGAAGUGAUAUAUGCACAACUUCCAACUGUCUAGAAACCUACUUUACACUGACAGUACCAGCCACUGAUGGUUCUCAUUUUUGCUACUGGAGGUCUGGCUCCAUGGGCUGUACUGGUGGCUAGAUGUGUGCCUU